AUGGCGACCCAACCGGCAUUAGUUAAUGCUGCACGAGCAGCGCCAGUGUUUGUCAAGCAUGUAGAGUCUGCAUCUACACAACAACCAGGUGCCACGAGCGUACGUAUGUCCAGUAACAGCUUCACGUACCGACACUUUGCGGGCGGCGCUGUUGGCGGCAUGACGGCUGCGCUUAUCACGUCGCCACUGGAAGUCGUCAAGACGCGGCUGCAGAUACGAGGUGGCAGCGGGUCCUUUGGUACUCAGACAACGUUUGGUGUCAUGCGCUCAAUAGGACGAUCCGAGUCGGUCAAGGGGUUGUGGAGAGGCAUUACGCCUACAAUGAUCGGUGUCAUCCCGGCACGUGCCAUCUACUUCGGCUCCUAUUCAACUUUUAAGGACAGAUUCAAUGCAUAUGGCUUGAAUGGUCGUAUGUAUAACUUCUUAUCGGCUGCGGGGGCUGGAUCCAUCUCGGCGACCUUGUGUUGCCCCAUUUGGGUCGUCAAGACACGUCAGCAGCUCUUGCCAGCGCAUGCCAUGGCAGCGUCUGCUGCUACUGCACAUCGAAACGUUGUCUCUGUGGGUUUUGCACAAGCUGAAACGUCUAUUGCAACGAAAGCUAGACCGCAGUUCUCGAGUGUUCGUCAAGUGGCAAUGGAUAUGUACCGGAAAGAAGGCCCGCGGGCGUUCUUCCGGGGUUUAUCAGCCUCAUACUGGGGAAUAUCAGAGAGCGCCAUUCAAUUUGCCUUGUACGAGGAAUGCAAGGAUCACAUUGACAAGCCGACGAACCUCAAGUAUUUCUUGACGGCUGGUGCAUGCAAGCUGCUUGCGUCAAUAUGCACUUAUCCACACGAGGUUGUUCGAACUCGAAUGCGAGAUCAACGCGCCCCGAUGGACUCAAAGGAGCUCAAGUAUCGAUCAAUGAUUCAGUCGAUCAUUACAAUAUACAAGGAAGAGGGAAGACGUGGAUUAUACUCAGGCAUGCCAGCACAUUUAAUGCGUGUUGUACCAAACGCCGCGAUUUUGUUUUUGGUGGUGGAAAUUAUUGCCAACAACGAGUAA